UCCUUCCAUCCGCAUUGAAUGUCCCGUUCCUCCCGGGGGAAGCGCGCUUGUUCGCAGCCAACACAACGUGUGCCGCGUACCCGAGAGUGCGUGUGUGCGGGCUCCUUAUGACUAAUGGGAGUCGGAAGUCGGAUGCCCACUACUGGCUCGUGGACCGUAGCGUAAAACUGUUCACGCGUGUCGUAGCAGACGUUGCGAGCACGUCCUUUGCCGAAGCCUCGUAGUGGCAGGCGAAACACAACAAAUCACGCUGUCUCCACAGUGCUCGCCAUACUUCCGUUUGUAAGCGAGCUAUGUGCGUAGAAAAAUUCUUGGGUACGUGACCCAUGGUCGUGUGUGUGUGCGUUAGCGCGCGUUUAACGGUAAUAUGUAGAGCGUUUUCUUCGAUCGAAAGUAACGUGCAUCGUCCUCGAGUGCAGGUAAAUCGUCGUGAGGCUGUGCUACUUUUAUUUUUUUCCCCGUGCCGUCCCCGUCAAGUGGUUGGUAGUUUCCAGUGUGAACAAGUACGCGCCAGUUGUGAAUGUGUGUGGUGUGUGUAUGGGAACCUCUCGAAGUAACGUAUCCGUGCACAACAUCAAGUAACCUACGACGAUUCGUGAUAAACAAAACAGUGCUGUUGCCCGAGAGAUGGCGAACGGAAGCGUGAAUCACAGAAAGUGAAACUACUGACGUCACUAGCGAAGGCAUUGAAGUUAUCUUCACGACCUGUGUCACUACACCGCAGCAGCGUCAGUUCCUGUUAGUUCCAUUGGCCGCUUGCGGCUCGACGGUCUUACACUGGCUAGCACCAUGUCAACACUGCCGGAGGCGAGGGCGGCCAGUGGUCGGAAGGAAGGUAAACCCGGUUCCCACGAACAGCCACCGACGGCUGCCGGUGGAAGCGGAACGACCGGAACGACGAGCAAGAACGAUGACUCCAAAUGGUACUUCACGGCCGAGCAGCUCGCCAGCUCGCCAAGCCGCAAAGGCGGCAUGGAUGCGGACCAGGAACUCAUGUACAGACAGCGGGCAGCCAACCUAAUACAAGACAUGGGUCAACGGUUGCAAGUCUCUCAACUAUGCAUCAACACAGCCAUCGUUUACAUGCACCGGUUCUACGCAUUUCACUCCUUCACCAAUUUCCAUCGAAACAGUAUAGCUGCGGCCGCACUUUUCCUCGCGGCAAAGGUCGAAGAGCAACCGCGCAAACUAGAGCACAUCAUCAAGGUGGUACACAUCUGCCUGGGGCUGGAAGCGCCGGACCCGCUGCGCGAAAGCUACGCCGAGCAGGCGCAGGAUCUGGUGUUCAACGAGAAUGUGCUGCUGCAGACGCUCGGCUUCGACGUGGCUAUCGACCACCCGCACACGCAUGUGGUGAAAACCUGUCAUCUGGUAAAAGCUUCCAAAGAUUUGGCGCAAACAUCCUACUUCAUGGCAUCCAAUAGCUUACACCUUACAACCAUGUGCCUACAGUACAAACCGACGGUAGUGGCCUGCUUCUGCAUCCAUCUGGCUUGCAAAUGGUCCCGUUGGGAGAUCCCGCAGUCGAACGAAGGACGCCACUGGUUUCACUAUGUGGACAAAACGGUCACACCGGACUUGCUGGACCAGUUGACGGACGAGUUCCUGCACAUCUUCGACCGUUGCCCGACACGAUUGAAAAGCAAAAUGAAAUCGAUACGGGCCGAUCAGUGUUUGGACGAAGCCAAUCGACGUGGUGGAAGUAGUGGCGGUAGUGGCAGCAGCAGCCUGAUGGCUGUUCCGUCAUCAUCUUCUUCCUCGCGCGGCGCCGAUGAAGGUGGCUCUUCUUCGUCGACUUCUAGUCAUCAUCGUCCCAAGCAGAGCGCUAAUCCCGAUCAGUUGAUCAAACCACAUGGGAUGUCGUCAUCCGGCAGCCACCAGAAAAUUCCUUCCUCUUCGUCAUCGAGUUCCGGCUCACGAUCCCGCCCCCAACAAUCGUCCUCGAGUGGUAGCUCCGGCGGUCCACAGCAACCGUCACAGCACUACGGAAGCAGUAAAAGUAGUAGUAAUAAUGCUAGUAGUAACAUUGGUAGCAAUAGUAGCAAGGCACCGCCUACUUCGAUGCAAUCGCACCGGCAAUCUUCGGCACCGCAAGGUUCGUCGAAUUCCUCUUCCCAAUCAUCGCAGCGAUCGGGUUCAGGGUACAAUGUGCAUGACGGUAGCAAAAAUCGCCAAUCGUCAUCCUCAGGGAUCAUGAAUCCAACGGCGGGAGGAGGAGGAGGAGGAACGUCCGGAGCACCAACGUUACAAUCGUCGGGCAAUUCCGGCUCUUCAUCGUCCAUGCAUUCCGGGUACAAUCAGAUGAAAGUGGAUCGGCACAGUAGCAGCAACAGCGGCGGUCAGAAAGGUGUUCCCAUUAGCAAACCACAAUCUUCAUCUUCGUCCGGCUCGUCGGGGGCCAUGUAUAGUGUUAAGCAGCAGCAACAGCAGCAAUCUUCGUCGCUGUUUUCUCAUCCACCGAGCUACAACCAAUCGGUCAGUGGCCGCUCCGCUGGUGGAACAACGAAUCUUCAAUCAGUCACAGACCCGCAACAGGCACUCUCCGGGACCGCUAACCAUUCGGGAGGCAACCCGUUGUCGUCGUCGUCGUCGUCGUCGUCGAAGGGCCACUCCCAAGGUCCAUCGGAGUCUUCAUCGUUCCGCCUGUUGGACGAAUCCUUCGGCAAACCGGUGGCAGAUCCGAUGCAGAUGUGUACGCCACCGAAGCAAAGCAAACCAUCGUCGAUCUUUAGUCCGGACUGGAAGGAUUCCCAGCACGAUACGACCCUUCCGCCACCACCGCCACAAAGUGCGCUCCCCUCGGGGAAAUCACGAUCGAGUGGUCACCAUGGAGGAAGCGCGACCAGCGGUGGUGUUGGAGGUGACCGUAUGGUGAAGCAAAUGAAGGGAAGUCCUGGCGGGAAGAAGCAACAACAUCAUGGUUCUUCCCAGGCCAUUGCUGCCGGAUCUCAGGGAGGAUCGCGAACGGAAACACCGAAGAAAGAGCGUCACAAUCAGCAAUCGCAGCAGAGUAAACAUCAACCAUCGAUGGGACACGAAAAGAAACCGUUGGUACCACCACCGUCCGGUGCGUCGCUGCCGAUGGCUGGAGCUGCCAAUCCUAAUAACUCUCUGAAGCGAGCCCUUGACGGUACGCUUCUACAUACGCCACUAUCGUCCAGCGGAAACGAUAUGCCUGCCGGGAACGGGGCGGCUAAUAUGGUACCGUCGCAGUUCAAACGACCGCACCCAAGCAACGAGCAGAUCCGCCAGGAGGACGGGACCGACUUCCGAGAGCAGAAGGUGCGCAAGUUUGAAUCGGGCAUCAGCCAUACGUCCUCCUUCCUAUCUGGGUCGCCUUCGGACAAACUGUUCAAUUCGUCGUUCGAUGCAGCCAGCACGUUCGACAAGAUGGACGACUCGUCGUCGAUGUUUGACUUCAACGAUCCGGGCACGCAGCUACCGCAGCAGUUGCUCAGCGACUCGAAACCGUCGACGCUGGCCAAGAGCGGCGCUCUCUUCGGCAACACCAUCAAUGGCAUCGAAACGAAUGCGGCAUUCGUGCGCAGCCUGCUGGAGGAAAGCUUGUUCAACGAAACGCCCAAAUUUGGGUCGCUUUGCAGCACGACUUUGGGAUCGGGCACGGGCACAACGGACACGACCGACACGACGAAGCCGAUCGAUACGAUGGACAUAAAACCAUCGUUGCCCGAAAUGAAACCUUCGCCGAUCGACGCGAAACCUACGGUGCUCGACGUCAAACCAUCGCCGAUCGACAUAAAACCUUCCUUGGGCGAUACAAAAACUUCACCAAUGGAUAUCAAACCGUCGCUUCCGCUGGUGGGUAGUUUACUGCAACCAGCAACGACGGCACAGCCACCGCCACACGCGUCGACCGGUGAUCAGCAGCAACAGCAGUUGGUGGCUGGAAGUGGAGCCCCGCCUUCCUACCCGUGGGUCGGAGGCAAUGCCAAUCUUACCGGCGACAGCACGAACAAUACGGGUGCGCCUCCGAUACAAUCAGCGCUUCCUUCAGCGGCAGCGGGUAGUUCCACCGGAGACAUGAUGACAACAACGUCGGCUUCAGCAGCCUCAGAUCCCGAUACGGACCAGGGUGGACAUCGCUCGAAAUCGGAGAAGAAAAAGAAGAAGGAAAAGCACAAGCACAAGGAGAAGGACAAAUCGAAGGACCGUGACCGGGAGGAGAAGAAGAAGCACAAAAAAGACAAGGACAAACACCGCGAUCGGGACCACCAUCGGGAAAAGGGUGAUCAGCAGCACUCAACGGGAGGUGACGGUAGUAGUAGUGGCGCCGCAACCGGUUCCCAUGGUUCACAGCAGCAAGAUCAACCGCCACCGGGGCCGAUCAAAAUCAAGCUCAACCGAGCGAUCAUCCCACCGGUGAUGGACACUGGGGGUGCGAGCGCGGGCGGUGCGGGAUCACACGGCACACAUAGCAAUAGUGCGGCGAAUGAUGGACUGAAGAUCAAAAUUCCAAAGGAUCGGUUGUCCGGUUCGUCCUCCUUACCAACAGCAGGCAACGGCGGAGGUGGUUCGGCACAUCCAAAUGCUCACGCCAGCUCCACCGGUACCGGUUCUUCUUCCUUGAAGUUGAAAAUUUCCAAGGACAAAAUUGAGCAUUACAACAUCAGCGCUACGAGUGAUCCGAACGGAGCUGGUGGCAUGUCGCAAGCUUCGUACGGUGGAACCGUAGCCGGCAAUAUUUCUGCCGGUGGAUCGAUGAUGAUGGGAACGGCUACCGGGGCACAGAUGACGAUGGCAGGUGGGCCACCCGUUGGCGCUAGCAGCAGCAGCAGCAGCAGCAGUAGUAGUAAGAAGAAAGACAAAGAUCGUGACAAGGAUCGGGAAAAGGGCAAAUCAAAGUCGGGUGCCGACCAUGGCGGACGGCAGAACGGCAGUGGGAUGGCCAUGACCACGGGUAGCAGCAAUGUUACUGGAAACAGUAGUAGCAAAUCUUCCAAUAAGGGUCUAUCGAAUGUUCAGCAGCAGCAACAGCAGCAAUAUGGCAUGUACAAUGCAAACCAAUCGGCGGCGGCGGCGGCGGCAACGGCCAACGCAUUGGCCGCAGCAGGUAUGGUAUCCGGAAUGCACGGUUACCACAGUGGAUUCGACUACCUUCAGCAGCAACAGCAGCAGUCGGCCGCAGUGCUACAACAGCAGCAACAGCAGCAGCAGCAACAAUAUUACUCCCAAUAUGGCCAGCAGUACGGCCAGCAGCAAUCCCAGCAGCAGUACCAGCAACAGAUGGCGGCAGCCGCUACCGGCGCGAUGAUGAUGAACGCCGUCGGGGGCGGUGGCGGCGCAGGAAUGAUUGGUAAGCUUCCCGGACAGCCGGGUACGGGCAUGCAAUCGUCCUCGCUUCCGCCGUACUACUACGGGUCGUCUGGCGCGGGAGGAGGAGCGGGAAGCAAUAACGCUGGUGGGGGAAUGAAAAAGUAAGACCACACUUGACACGCUACUGCGGCCGGUGGUACGUUUUAAACUACUUGUUAGUAGGUAGUUUUAUUUUUCUCUUCAAUUCUGUAUGCACAAGCCCUUGUGUGUAGUGAUCAACUGUUCGCUGAUCGGAACAAUAAGAUUUACUUUUCAAACAUUUUUUUUAUAUUUGCUCUAUUAUUAAUGCUAUAUUUCAAUAACAAAACUUCCUUUUUUUUUACUGUCGCCAGUUCGUGCUCAAUAUUUUUUCUUUUACAAUAUGUUACGACAAAGCGUUUGGCAAGUUUUCGAAAAUUUACAAUACAACGGUUACGGUGGAGCAAGUCGCAAGCGAUAUCAAAUUGAUUGGAUGAUUUUAAAACGGUAAUCGCUCAACGAAACUUACUUUUGUUGAUGAUGAUAAUAUUGAUGUUAAAACAACAACGUUUUUUUUUUGCUGCUCUGAUAGCCUUUACUGUAACAAUUUAGUUUUAAGUUUUUGCUCGCGUUUAUUACUUUGAACGAAUGCACUGCUGUUGCUGUUGCUCGUAAAACGACAAUGGUUAUGAAAACAAAGAAAAAAGAGAAAAGCUACACGACUGCAUCGGAUGAAUUGUUGCGCAAACGUAAGGCAACGUGAAGAAUUGCAUGCACAUUUUCGAUAGGCACUAUAAUGCGGUCUAGCGGCUGUUAGAACUUGCGAACAGUAGGUAGGACGAGUGGUGGUAGCACUCCGAUGGGUAUGUAAAAAAAAAAAACAACUGUUUGAUAGAAUAUAUAAACGUGAUGAACUUCUAUCGAUAGGCAAGUGUUUCCUUCGUGAAGCUGUUUUCAUCGUACGUUGAUAAAAAAAAAACAAACAAACUGAUUCCUAGCUCUUGUGCAGUAUGCUUAACACAUAGACCCAGCUGGUUCAGUGUCUUCAGUGACUUGUUGAAUGCUAUUACAAAACAGCGGAUUGGAUUUAAUAACUGAAGAAAGAACCGGAACACGACACGAACUUCUCAGUGUUGCCGGGUCAGGAAUUUACGCUCUGUCUCAAUGUGACGUUGUGAGGAUAAUUGAUAAAAGCAACAAAAAAAAAACAACCUAAAAACACGCUGUUCUGUGGUGUGUAAAGUGUUAUGGGAACUUAAUUGCUCUUCAAAAACAAAAGCAACAAAAAAUAUUAAUAAUUAAACAUUGAAGUUAUAAUUUAAGUAGAACAUCUUUGGACAAUUAUCUUUAACGAAAGAAGGGAAGUAGUAGUUUGCAACGAAAGGGUAAACAUACAUUGUGCGCCACACUUCCUAGAAGUGUACUAUUUGUUUCGCUCUCGUAUGGUGCAUCGAUAAAAAAGGAGCACGAAAAACACAUAAACAUUGAUAAUUAGAAAAAGGAAUUAAAACAGCUGAAAAAUACACCCACAAUCCUACCAUAGUGCGAAGAUAAAUUGAACGACGGUAAAGCCUGUUUAUCAUGGCCGAAAAAAAAACCAACCGGACGCUAACUAUAUCUAACUUGGCAAUAUUAGACGACUGCACCACAGGGUCGGGUCUGUACUCGUCUUGCUAGCCGCACCGUCCGCUGGGAAAUGUAUUGUGUGUACCAAAGGCGAUAGGAGAGGAUGGCCGCGCCGAGUCUGACUGUGAAUGUGACGGAAUAAAAAGAUACAAUGCGAUUGGAGGCGCCAUCGCUGCGCUCUGUUGUCGUGCUGAAAACGUGAGAUUGGUGUGUAUUCAUUUACCAUUUACUACAUCUUUCGGCUGCUGCAUACUCUUCUCAUGCAUACAUUACUUCAUACUAUACUCUGCUAACGGCUAAUACAGUGUAAACUCUAAAUGGUACCGAUAUCACACAUUUGCUUAAAGAUGAGAGGGGAAAAACAAAUAACCAAAUGGUAUAUACGCGGAAUGCGAAACGUCUGAUUUGUACACUUUUGAGUACACACAAUCUGCUCUUCGUUAAUGAGAGUGUACUAAAACUUAACUGCAGGCUGCAGGAGAAGCAAUAGUUAUAACCAAACCAACUACUAGUGGCAACUACGAGGUAGAUAUGGGAAAUUUAUGCAUAUAGAAAGUAUGAUACGAUGCAAAAGAAAGUAACAGAAGAUAGAGGAAGAGUUGCAAAACAAAACGAACGCUAUGAAGCCGAGUAAAGGUAACCAUUUGACAACUAUCUAACCACAGAAACUCAUUGAAUAUAGACAAUUGCUGAGAGAGUAAUCACAAUAAACUCAACUUAACUGAAGAUUGUCGUAGAAAGUUCCUCCCACCCUUAGAAGGGAUGGGGUAACCGGAAAGGCGACACUAAAACCUAAAGCAUAACUAUUAUAAACACUACAAAAAAAAGCCCACAGCGUACAGUUUAACAAAGCUAUACACAGAACAAAACACAUUUGAACUGAUAAGUCUGAAUUAGAUGGAAACACAUAAACCGUAGUAGAGAAAUGGAUGCGUAAACAGAUCGCGAAAACCGAAAGCGAUAGUUAGUCCAAGCGAGUGAGAGCAAACCGGGUACAGGAGGGCGUAGAAAACCACUAUACUCACGAGGGUGAAGAAAAUGGGACAAAUUAAAAAAGAGGAAUAAAACAAAAAUUAAACGUAUGAAAUAUCUUGUUAAAAAAAAAGAAAUACCCACAACACAAUUAACUAAACGCAAAAAAAACCCAUCCUUCCGCAAUCCCUGUGCAACUAAGAGAA